AUGGCGCUGCGAGCUUCGCGGAGCUUGGGGCCCGCGGCCUGCUGUCUGCGUGCGCUCUCGGCGUCCCGCGCGCCCUGCCCGGCGCGGCGCUGGGGACCCGGGCCUGGCGCUGUGCGCACGCUGCGCAGCGGCCGCGCUCUGCUCGCAGUGCGUAAGUUCACAGACAAACAUGAAUGGGUGACGACAGAAAAUGGUGUUGGAACAGUGGGAAUCAGCAAUUUUGCACAGGAAGCUUUGGGAGAUGUUGUUUACUGUAGUCUUCCUGAAGUUGGGACAAAGUUGAACAAACAAGAUGAGUUUGGUGCUCUGGAAAGUGUGAAAGCUGCUAGUGAACUCUAUUCUCCUUUAUCAGGAGAAGUGACAGAGGUUAAUGAAGCUCUUUCUGAAAACCCAGGACUUGUUAAUAAGUCUUGUUAUGAAGAUGGUUGGCUGAUCAAGAUGACACUGAGUAAUCCUUCAGAACUUGAUGAACUAAUGAGUGAAGAAGCUUAUGAAAAAUACAUAAAAUCCAUUGAAGAGUGA